GCGAUUAUGGCGCUGGUUCACUCCGAUCUCCCGACACUCACUUUGCUCUCAAAGGGCAAGGUCCGGGACAUCUACGCAACCUCCGAUCCCAACAGCUUGCUCUUCGUCGCCUCCGAUCGGAUUUCGGCCUACGAUGUGGUACUCAAGAAUGGCAUCCCACAGAAGGGUCAGCUCCUCACUCAGAUCUCGCUCUUCUGGUUCGACAAACUAGCGCACAUCAUUCCCAACCAUUUCAUCACGGCGGACAUACACUCGAUGCCUUCCGAAGUGCGAGAAUACGAAGAGCAGCUUGAGGGUCGGACCAUGCUCGUAAGAAAAGCCCAAGUAUUACCCUUGGAGGCUAUUGUGCGCGGCUAUCUCACGGGUUCAGCAUGGUCGGAGUACAAGAAAUCCGGCACUGUUCACGGAAUCCCGCUGCCUGCUGGCCUCGUAGAAUCUCAGCGCCUACCAGAGCCUCUUUUCACACCCUCCACCAAGGCGGAACAAGGACAACACGACGAAAAUAUAUCUCCGGCUCAAGCUGCUACACUGAUUGGAGAUGCCCUCUACUCGAAACUAUCGGCUGCAGCACUCAGUCUGUAUAACGCCGCAGCCGAAUACGCACGCUCUCGCGGGAUCAUCCUUGCUGAUACGAAGUUCGAGUUUGGUCUUGUGCCGGUUGGUGCCGAGGAGCAAGAACUUAUCCUCGUUGAUGAGCUGCUCACCCCCGAUUCGUCUCGAUACUGGCCAUUAGAAGGGUACGAGCCUGGGAAGUCUCAACCAUCGUUCGACAAACAAUAUCUGCGAGACUGGCUAGUCGGCGCUGGUUUUCGUAAGGGUCUUGAAGGAGGUCCUGAAGGCAGUCCUAAAGGCACGGGCUGGCUCAUAGAUCCUAACGUUGUCGAUGGGACACGCCAGAGGUAUCAGGAUGUCGUGACUAUGUUGACCAAGUUAUAG